UUGGUAACUGUCUACUCAAUGCCGUUGCUAGGUGCUUGUUAGACCCCCGACAAAUGUUGGAAAAAAUAUUUGGAGGCAAUGAGGUGGUGCAAAUCGGCUUUUAGAAACUCACGAAGAUAUUGGAAAUAUGGACUUCUUUUUACAGUCAUUGUCAGUGUGAUUGAGUUGAUACGAAUAUUUUUAGUGAAAAAUGUGACUCUGUGUACAAUUCCACGUGAGGAAAUUACCACCACAACUAUGAGACCCCCGGAUAAUUUUUCCUAUCCCCAUGAAGCUGAUUUUGCAAGGUUACUGGAAGACAUAGAAGCCAAUCGUCCAAUUUAUCUGGAACCAAAUAAUAUUCAUGGAUUUAAUUAUAUUUCUAAUCCAGAUAAUAUAUGCAAUGUGAAAAAUAUACACAAAAAGAAAAAUCCAUUUUUUCUCUUAAUUUUGAUUAAAAGUUCAAGAGAUAAUUUUCAUUUACGACAGACUAUUAGAUGGCGAACAAAGCACAAAACAUUCAAAAAAUGGAGAAGGCGUGUUAGAAUAGUAUUCUUGUUGGGAUAUUCAUUUAAUGAAACCAACGACGACUUAUCGAAAGAAAGCGCCAUGUUCAAAGAUAUAGUACAAGAAGAUUUUCUAGAUUCCUACAGGAACCUGACCUACAAGACUGUAAUGGGAUAUAGGUGGGCCACCAGGUAUUGUCCAAUAGCUACUCAUAUACUUUAUCAGGAUGAUGAUUUUCAUUUUAAUGUGGAAAAUGUAUUUAGCUACCUUCGCCAACAGGCGAAUCCUGAUUCUGUGUACAUAGGAUACUAUAUAAACGACUCUCCCCCGGAUAGACAUAAUACAAGUAAAUAUUUCAUGUCAUAUGACGACUAUCCUCACCGCUAUUAUCCGCCCUACUUCCCCGGUGGUGCUUAUUUUGUGAGUAUGAACAUUGCACAGAAGUUUGUAAAGGUUUUUCCGUAUGUCAAACAUAUGGCAAUUGAUGAUGUCUUCUUGGGAAUAGUGGCAUAUAAACUAAAUGUGACUUUGUACCAUUCCGAUUUGAUCGCAUUUAAUGGCUGUGAAAAUUUUACUGAGAUUAUUUCGUGUAGAGGAUACAAUAGCAUUGGCGAAGUCUUCUAUGGCUGGAAAGAAUUUAUCAAAGAUUUAGGUAUUUUCAAAAGUGCCUCUUUGAUGUUUUCUAUUGAAGACAAUACUAGCAAUAAUAAUCACUUAAAAAAUCCUUCCAAAGCUUUAAGUAAAAGCUGAUAAAUGUGAUUAUAGUCGUGAGUAUUAUUGUAUGUGUUUGUCAGAUAUUCAAUUACAGGAAGGGAUGGAUGCUGCCUUAUGCUCAAUGUGAUUAAUAUAUUGUUUAACGGUUUGCAUGGUGAGGUGUUGACUACAUGUAUAUUAUUUAUUCAAUACCUAUGACCCAUCUACCUUUUGAUAUGUGCUUUAUUUAUUUUAUUUAUCGAGGGAUAUUACGAAAUUGUACGUGUUAUAAGUUGACCAUGACCCAUGAACUUGUUGAGAUUUUCUUAGGUAAUUUAUUGGUGAUAUCGUUAUUGACAGUGUUAUUUUUUAAAUUAAAAUCUUAGGGCAGCUUAAGAGUGAUAAAUAUUGGGCUGUAAAAUCUGUGUUCUGUGGCAUGUCAAAACUUAAUACGUGAAAUUUUUUGUUUACUUUUUUUUCUCCUUUGCAAGUGUUUAAACUAUAGUUGCAAGUGGAAUAGUAAAUAGAUACGCAAUGCAUUCAUGCAAUAGAGUACAGGAAAAAAUAACCGAGGACUGGAACUUUAAAAGUCUUAGAUGUGUAAAAAGAAAAGGAAAAUAAAUAAAGGUUUUAUAAUACAAACAAAAAGUUAAAUACAAUUUAUUUAAUUAACAAAACUCAAUCCGAGUAAAGAAUUUUUUUUUUU